CCUUAUAAUUGUGUCGAAUAGUUCUUCAACAGACAAAUAAUUGAACGCUGAAUCAUGAAGACGUGUAUGAAACAUAAAAAAAAACGGUUUUUAUAAAAUAUAGGUCUAAGUUUCGAUUUCAUUAAAUGUUGGAAGACGAAGUUGUAAAAACUCAUAUAUGGACGCCACAGUAGGAACUGAACAAUCCACACAGUUGUAUGCCAAUAACGAGGAACGAUCCAUAGUUGACGUCCUAGAUUUGGCAGUAAACCUCAAGAUCGUGGCCGCGGCCGGGUCACCGCUACUGCAGCACCGCGGACACGCUGCAGAGAACAGUUGUAGUACCCGGUCUUCGCCGGAAUUGAGUAUUAACUCACCCGUAUACCUGCAGGACGCGCUUGUGACCAGACCAUCGUCGGAGGCACCUUUUCGCGUGACAUCCAGUACGGACGCACUCGGGGAAACCAUAUUUGACGUUCAAGAUUUGGCAGCGAACCUCGAGAUCACGGCCGCGGUCGGGUCACCGGUACUGCAGCACCGCAGACACGCUGCAGAGAACAGUUGUAGUACCCGGUGUUCGCCGGAAUUGAUAAUGAACUCAGCCGUAUACCUGCAGGACGUGCAGCUUGUGAUUGGACCACCGUCGGAGGCACCUUUUCGCGUGAUAUCCAAUACGACCUCGUUGAUUGACGCGCUGGAUCUAGCCGUGGAUCGCAGGGUCACGGCGGCUGUCCUGCAGCAGCGACCGAUACGGCGGAGCCAACGUUUCCGGUCCCGGUCGUCUCCCGAACUGCGAAUCCAAUCACCUGCAGUGUGCGACAGCGUGAAGACAGCUGUCCCACCGGUACCUGCGGAAUACCCGACAGCACGAUCUGUCGAUCGGCGGAGGUCUGCCUGGAAGAGGACCAAACGAUUCGUUUGGAAGUCGUUGGUGAACAUGGCACGCAGGGUUUGCUUCUGUCAAACCUUCGCAGACGUAGAGUAAUAAUAUGUUCACCAAGUUUUCUACCUCUCCCCUACCGCCACCGUCCGCCACCCCCCUUAAAGUUUGUAAUAUUGUUCGCCCGCCAACCGCCGUCCGUCCGAUGUUUUUUGCUCCCGCGUUUGCGCCCGUUGGUGUACGCCGUUUUCCGCUGCACGCGUACUUCGUGUACCGUGCCACCAAAAUUACCAUAGUUAUCUUGUUUUUGUAAAUCAGCGUGUUUUAUAAUGUACC